UACAGAAUACAUCUCGCCAGAGGAAAUCCAAGGCAUCGCUCAGCACACAGGCACGAUCGUGGACGUCUCAGAACUCGUCUGCACUUGGCACUGCUUCCCUUCUCGGGUUAGAAGCGGAGCACUUGAGACGGCACGGCUGGUUUUCCUCUCGGGCGCGCUCCCCGGGUUUCCCGCGGGCCCGGAAACGUACCCCGGUUCGCUCGACUCCGGCGGCGGCGUUGGGAAGGGGCAGACGCGCGUGGAGGGGAGUCAGCUUUUCCGGGUAUUGGGGUCCGGGGGGGGCGCGGAGCGCGCGGAUAGCGCAGCCCCCCGCGCCCUGUGAUCGCAGGAGAAGACUAUGGUCACUGUCUGGGGACCCCCCCCCAUCUCCCCGGGGUCCCCUCCAGCCCGGCUCCCGCCCCGUAGGCUCCUUUGUGACGCGGCGUUCCAGGCCCCGGGCCCGGCACAGCCCAGAAGAGGGGCGGCCGGACGGCUGUGCGCGGCGGGGGCAGCGGCAUGAGCGGCUACCAGCUCCCGGUGGUGAUCGACAACGGCUCGGGGACGAUCAAGGCGGGCCUGGCGGGGAGCCGGGAGCCGCAGUUCCUCUACCCGAACAUAGUCGGCCGCGCCAAGGGCCCGAAGGGAGCGGAGGGCGCCCAGGAUCUGUGUGUGGGCGACCAGGCGCAGGACCGGCGGGGCGCGCUGUCCAUCAGCUAUCCAGUGGAGCGUGGACUCAUUACUUCUUGGGGAGACAUGGAGGUCAUGUGGAAGCACAUCUUUGAUUACAACCUCAAGUUAAACCCCUGUGAUGGCCCAGUCUUGAUUACCGAGCCUGCCCUGAACCCUCUAGCCAGUAGGCAGCAGAUCUGUGAAGUGUUUUUUGAGAAUCUGGGUGUUCCUGCCUUCUAUAUAUCCAUCCAAGCCGUGCUAGCGCUCUUUGCUUCUGGCUUCACUAGUGGCUUGGUGCUGAAUUCGGGGGCUGGAGUUACCCAGUCUGUGCCCAUCUUUGAGGGUUACUGUCUGCCUCAUGGUGUACAGCAGCUAAAUCUAGCAGGUGCUGAUUUCACCAACUAUCUCAUGAUGUUAUUGAAGAACCACGGUAUCAUGCUGCUGAAUGCUUCAGACAGAAAGAUUGUCACCAGCAUCAAGGAGACUCGUUGUUACGUGGCUUUGAACUUCGAGGAGGAAGUGGCCAAGCAGUCGAGUGUUUUGGAGAAAGAGUACACACUACCGGAUGGGAAGGUCCUCAAGCUCAAAGACGAGCUGUUUCGAUGUCCUGAAGUUCUCUUCUCUCCGUGUCUCAUGAACCUUGAUGUUCCUGGCAUCGACAAGAUGUGCUUCAGCAGCAUAAUGAAAUGUGAUGCGGAUCUGAGGAAUUCCUUCUUCUCCAAUAUUAUCCUUGCAGGAGGAUCAACCUCCUUCCCUGGUUUAGAAAAGCGGCUGGUUAAGGAUAUAGCAAAGAUGGCACCUGCUAAUACUUCUGUGCAGGUUACCGCUCCCCCAGAAAGACAACUCUCAGUGUGGAUGGGAGGUUCCAUUCUUGCAUCCCUGUCUGCCUUCCAGGACAUGUGGAUCACCACUGAAGAAUUCAAUGAAGUUGGACCCAAUAUAGUACACCAAAGAUGCUUCUGA